ACACAGCGGCUCGGCCUGCCUCUGGUGCCCGGGUCAUGUUCACCGGGAUGCGGGUGGAGAGCAGGGGGGUCUCCGGGGGUCUGGAUGCUGCGGCGGUGAGGCAGCAGAGGAGGCUGAAGCAGGCGAUCCAGUUCCUGCACCGAGACUCUGCUGACCUGCUGCCGCUGGACGGGCUGAAGAAGCUGGGGACAUCCACACAGGGGCAGCCACAUCAUAUUCUCCAGAAGCGCCUGCUGGAGUCCAAGUUAUCCCGGGGCAGAAUGAACAACGAAGGGAUCAGUCUGAGCUGCACUCACAUCAACUCACACGAGGAUGAAGAGGAAGAGGAGGACGAUUUCGUCUAUGUGCCCUGCAAGUGUUUAGGACAGGAGGUAAAAGUGCUGAUCGACACCGGCUGCAAACUGAACCUGAUGUCCUCACGAACUGUGGAGAGAUUAUGUCUGAAAGAUCUGGUUGAAGAGAACAAAAUGGAGGUGGACGGGUUUCCGUUUCAGAGGAAGCUCUGUGUCGACGGACACAUCCGAGAACUCAGCCUGACCCUUGGGAAACUCAGAGUCAUGUGUCCGUUUUUCAUCCUAGAGAGUAACAGACCACUGAUGUCCCUGGGAAACAAGACGUUAAAAUCACUAAAGUGUGUAAUUGACACUGAAAAGCAGAUGUUGGUGUUUGGGACGAUGGUGAGGGAGCAACUUCAUUUUGCAAAAAAGCCAUUCAAUGAAAGUUCUCCUGAUUUCAGAGACCUCUGACAACAACAACAACAACAACUAAACAUACCUACCAAAAGCAAUACAACAAUAUACUGUUAAAACUAGAUGCCUAAUUAGGUAACUCUCAUCAACUUCUCACCCUAUUCAUUCUCACUUUCUCUCUUUGUUUACUGCCUUUACAGUCAGAUAAUCCACCCUCACUUUACUUAUUUUUACACGACGGCAGCGGUUUAUUAUAUAACUACAUGGUUUUUAGCUGACGCUUUUAUCCAAAGUGACGUACAUACACUCAAUACAAUAGACUACAUGCCUGCAGUAGCAAUUUGGGGUAAAAUCUCUUGCUCAAGGACACUUUGGCUGUGGGAUCGAACUUCUGUCUGCAGAUCAGCGCACUAACCCCUACGAACGGUUCCUUACAAAGCACUAAAACAGCAUUAUAGUAGCCUAUAUGAUGUGUAGCUGUUGUCUACAGUAGAAUGUAUAGAAAUACAUUAUAAACAGAACGUGUAGUGCUGUAGACUUUAUUAUUCUGAUAGAAUGUGAUUUAUAGCUCGUUACUUAUAAAUAAGUAUUGUCAUGACAGAAAUACAGACGUGUUCUGCGUGUACAGCUGGAAAUAAGUCUUGGAGAACAGAGGAGGAUUUGUAUUUCUUGUGAAGUGUAGCUGAUAAACCCAACACAAUCUAUUGCAAUUGUUUAUUAUAUAUUUUAUAAUGUUGUAAUGUAUUUUCUAGUCAAAAAUCAUGUAUUUGCAAUGAGGUCACUGCCUUUUAAUGUUUACAAAAAUACUG